AAUCUUCAAGUGAUAAUCCCUAACCUCACUUUUUAAAAUUUGCCAAAAUUGUCCUAAAAAUUUUUUAAUUUUUGCUAAAUGUAAAGUUUUUGACUAAAAGUGACCAUCUUGUAGAUCAAAACUAUGGACUUCAAUUAAAUAAGACCUUAAUUUACCCAGGAAACUAACAGCCACUAAAUGACAACUAUGAAAACACCCAAAAACUUAACAUUAUGUUCCUGUACGCCCUUCUUUUACUUUUAACAGUCGUUUUAUAUCUUCAGGGCUUUUUCCCUAUGUCAAACCCCAUCACAGCAUUUAAUAACGAUCCUCCGACCCAUAUAGGUAACAUUUCGAUUAAUACCACAGCUGUGUACAGCCCUUUAGUACAAAAAACUGUAUUAAUAAUCAUUGAUGCACUCAGAUAUGACUUUGUUACACCUGAUUUAAUGCCACACACUAUGGGCCUUGUAACUUCACAGGGCUGUCUGAAUAAAGUUAUUGCUGAAAGUCCGACAGUAACCCUACCAAGAAUCAAAGCCCUUACAACAGGAUGCGUACCCCAGUAUAUUGAUGUUAUCCAAAACCUUGCUUCAUCUGAAGCUUUAAAAGAUUCCUGGUUGCAUUCAGCAAAAAAAAAAGGACUGAAGAUUGUGUUUUAUGGGGACAACACUUGGGAAAAAUUGUUUCCCAGAUUUUUUGAUAGGUCUGAGGGAACUACCUCAUUUUUCGUAAGAGAUUUUACUGAAGUUGACAAUAAUGUAACAAGGAAUGUUAAUAUUGAGCUAGAGAAAAAUGACUGGGAUAUUAUGAUUUUACACUAUUUAGGCUUAGAUCACAUAGGGCAUGUCUUGGGGCCUUUUUCCUCAAGAAUAAAACCAAAGCUUCAAGAAAUGGAUCUGGUGAUUGAUCAGAUCUACCAAAAAAUCAAAAAUGUGGACUCUAUAAUUAUGAUUACUGGUGAUCAUGGAAUGCGGGACAGUGGAGGACAUGGUGGCAGUUCACAUCCAGAAAUUACUGUACCAUUUGUGUCCAUAGGCAGGCAUUGUAAAAGUUCAAUAUUCAAACAAACGGAUAUUCCUUCUAAUUUGGCAGCGUUACUGGGCAUUAAUAUUCCAACCACUAGCACAGGUACAAUCCAAAAGGAUCUUCUUUAUUACCAAAACACCGCCAAGGAGUUGUAUAUAUUGCGAUACAAUACUGAAAUACUUCUAAGAAAAUGUCAAAUAUGUCAAACACAAUUUGAUGAAGCUACAUCCUUGCAUGAAGAAUAUUUAAAAGAAGGAAAUAUCACAAAAGGCAAGCAAUGUAUGAGGAUAUAUCAAGAAUGUUCAAAGAAAAUUACAGGACAUUUGUAUGAAAAUUCUAGUAGACAAGAUAUGUCAGCUCUUUUAAUUGCAAUUUUUGUUUUAUGUAACCUGGUCUUAAUUAUACUGUUUAAUCUAAUACCUGAUGCCAAGAUAAGAUUUGUGGAACUGUUUUUGUGUCUUGUAAUAAUUUUUUCUAAAAUUAUAUUAGAAUUCAGUCACAUCAUUACUGCUGCUUCUUUAAUAAUCUUAAUUCUGAUUCUUUUUCACAAAUUUAAAUUAUUACACCAGCUUACGCUUUUGCUUCAAACUACUGACAGGAUUAGUCUAUUUUUAUUGAUAAUCCAUAUUAUGCAUCCCGUAACUUUUAUGUCUACAAGCUACAUUGAAGAGGAACACUUCAUCUGGAUAUUUUACAGUGUCACUUUGAUUUUAAUGUUAUUUUUUGAUACUUUAAAGACAUCUAGAUUAAUUGCUACUAAAGGCAUUUUUGUUUUACUAGCAUUAAGGUUUUCAAUGACUUUAAAUUCCACUGUGGAAAAUUCUGUUCAGGAUAAAAGCAAUUUGGGAAAUAUUCUAGUCAAAGAAGAAAACUAUCUGUACCAUCAACUUUUUUUUGCUUUUAACUUAAUUUUGGUGUUUUUAUUUAUGAAUUUUGGUCAAGAGUGUGUAUCUUAUUAUCAUCCAUCACACAUUUUAAGUGGUAUAAUUUUAGCCUUUAUUUUUCUGCUUAAGUCAUUAACAUUCCAUAGCACCAUUCUAGGGAAACUUAUAUGGAUGUUUAUUUUAACAAAAAAACUAAUUUUCACUAAACAGACUCCUUGGACGCAGUUGUUUAUACUAGCUGGAGCUUUACUCUUCAGAUCACAUAAUAUUAUUUUGAUUCCGAUUGCAAUAUGCACUGGAUAUUUUAUAAAUAUGUCUCAAACAUGGCAAACCCAAUUUUCCAAAAUAUUAGCUUUUAAUACCAUAGCAAACUCCCUAUAUUUUCUACAAGGGCAUCGCAAUUCAUUAGCUACAGUAGACAUUUCAGCAGGAUAUACAGGUUUAAGUGAAUAUAAUCCUGUUCUGGUUACCUCACAAGUGAUCUUACACACUUAUUUAUUUCAUAUACUUUUUCAUUUGGCUGUACUCUCAGGCUAUGAAGACACUAAGAAAAGAAAACAAUUUUGGACAAUUCUGAUACUACUUAGAUGUUAUGUUAUAUUUCUUACUUGUGUAGUGAUGUUAAUUUUCAAAGACCAUUUAUUCAUCUGGUCAGUUUUUGCCCCUAAGUUUUUUAUAGAAAGUGUACACACAGGUUUUUUGUUUGUUGAAAUAUGUAUUUAUUACUUUUGCAAAAUUGUAAGUUAUUGUAUGAAGACUUAAAUAAAAUAAAAACUAUGAC